AUGGAGAAGGCUUCUAGCCCUCUCAAUCGAAACAAGGAGGCCCGGCCCUCCUUGCUCACGGGCAAGGUUUCUGCAUCAGCGGAGACCUCAAACCAUGGUCCUCCCAAGGAUGCAGCCCGUGAUAGGCGUUUGAGAGGACGAAGCAGAGUGAGGUCGGCUUCCAAACGGCCCCAGGCCUUGCAAAAGCAAGGAAGGAAAACAGACGCCCCGGCUGUCCGGACGUGGGCAAAUGUUGCGAAACUUGCAGCGAAAGGGUAUGACCUUACCAUUGUUCCGCCCUCGUUUGAGGAUGAUACCCCAGUGGUGGAUCUCCCUGAUGAAGUGCUAGAUGCGGUGGAUCCCAAGUGGCAUGAGUGCUUGGUUGGGUAUUAUGUAGGAAGGAGUUUGCCGUUCCAGCUCACGAAGAACACGCUCAAGCUAUGUUGGGGACCGAAGCUUGUUGAGGUUUUUGCCGAUGACCAGGGCUUCUUUUUCUUCCGCAUCCCUGACCCCGAGUUCCGAAGGAAGAUUUUGGAAGAUGGUCAUAUAACGGUUGCAAGGGUUGCACUUGUUUUGCAACAAUGGAAGCCUCUCCUAGAGUUGAAGAGGGAGAAGCAAACCACGGUGCCGAUGUGGAUUCGCUUAAAGAACCUACCUCUUGACCUCUGGACAGCCCCGGCAAUUAGCGCCAUCGCGAGCACUGUUGGCAAGCCUUUGUUUGUUGAUCAACGCACGGAGCAAACUCAAAGGAUCUCUUUCGCAAGACUUUGCGUGGAGCUUCAAGUUAAUCAACCAAGGUUCUCCUCGACCAAGGUAAGACUAAAUGGAGUUGCUCGGUCCAUUGCCAUCGAGUAUGAGUGGAAGCCAGCAGAAUGCUUGAAGUGUGGCUCCUUUUGGCACAAUUGUGCAGCCUCUUUAGCUGGUCAGAAGGCGGUGCAAGGCCACAAGCAGGCUCAGCCCAUCCCCUCCCCUUCAGUGGAGGCCCGCCCCCCUGAGACUUCCCCGGUGUUGGUGGUAGAUCUGAAUGAGGCUAAAUUGGGGUGGAAGCAAGUCAAGGGAAAGAAGAAGAAAUCUCCCCCUCCUAAGGAGACGUGCUUAGACCGUCCGGUCAGCUCUGGAGAAGAGGAACCAUCCCUCAAACAGACAACAGUAACUCUUAAAAGCUUGCCAUCAACCUCUACCCGGAAGGCUCAGAGUGGGCUUCGAGCCCUAAUCAAGGUGGAUGCCCCCACCUCGACAAUGGAGGAAGACCCCAUUAGCCAUCCGGAUGCGGGCAUGGGGAGUGGAGCGGAGUUGAAUGAGACUAAUUUGGGUCGGUUGGGACUCCGUGAGAGUUACCCCGUGAGAGUUAAGUUUGAAGCCUUCUCACUUACCAAGCAAGCGAUUCAUGGGAACCUUGAGAGCUUGGACUCUAGGGUGGCUUGUUGUGUUUCUUUUAUUUAUGGAGAUCACUCUUUUUCGCUGAGGAGACCAUUGUGGGAGGAUAUCAUUCUGAAAAGCACCCAUCUCCGGGACACUCCUUGGCUUGUCUUGGGGGAUUUCAACGCUAUUAAGGAUCCAUCGGACCAUGUAGGUGGCUCCGAAGAUUGGCUCCCUUGCUUUGAUGAGUUUGGACAGUGCUUGGAGCAAGCCGAGUUGGAAGACUUGAGGUUCGUUGGUUUUAGAUACACUUGGACUACGUCUUCAGGGCCUUCUAGGAAAGCAAGAAAGAUUGACAGGGUUCUAGUGAACGCCAAGUGGAGCUUGGAUCUCUCUUACUCGGAAGCCUCCUUUCUUGCUCCGGGAAUCUCGGAUCACUCGCCUAUGGUGGUGAAGGUGCUUAAUUCGACCCAUAGGAGGAAGCCCUUCAAGUUCUUCGACUUCUGGAUGAAGCACCCGGAGUUCAAUGAGAUUGUCUCGCAAGUGUGGGAUGCGCCGGGGAGUGGUGUUCCCAUGUAUAGGCUUGUUUCUAAGCUCAAGGCUCUUAAAUGUCGGCUCAAGCAGCUCAAUAGAGAUUCCUUCUCUAAUAUCUCUGCCAGAACUCUUGAUGCGUGUAUCUUUGCAGAGUUGCGCUCCUCGGAGGAGUCAUUCUUCAGGCGAAGUCCCGGUCGAGAUGGCUCGGGGGGAGACCGAAAUACCAAUUUCUUCCACCAAUAUGUCAACAAAAGACAGUUGAGGAACAGAGUCCUUUUCAUCCUCGACUCUUCGGGGAACCAAGUGACGGAGCCAUGGCUGGUGCAACGACGAUUUGUAGAGUUCUUUGAGGACCUCUUGGUGCCGCAAGGGGAGAUUGUUAGACCUUCGUUAGAGGACUUGAGGGAUGUUAUCCACCAUCCACUCUCGCUUGAUCAGGCUGCGCUUCUUGCUCGGCCAGUUACAGAGUUGGAGAUCCGGGACACUAUCUUCUCUUUGCCUAAGGGAAAGGCUCUUGGGCCGGAUGGCUUCAUAGCGGAGUUCUUCAAAGAAAACUGGGACAAUGUUGGUCCUUUAGUAACAAUUGCAGUGUUGGAUUUCUUCACUUCCCGAAAACUCUUGAGGGAGAUUAACAAUACCAUCUUGGUAAUGGUUCCUAAAGUGCUCAACGCCACUUCUGUGGAGGAUUAUAGGCCUAUCGCCUGUUGCAACACUAUCUACAAAUGUAUUACAAAGGUGCUAGCUAAUCGGGUGGCCCUAGCUUUGAAGAGCACGAUAGGCCCAUUUCAGACUGCUUUUGUAAAAGCUCUCGCACGCUGGUUUAAGGCCGAAAGGGCGGAUCCGGGGCCGGUUGGGGUCGGGAAUGGGCGGAGGAGCCGAACCGAACCUAGGCGGGACUUCAUGGUGGCCGGAGGUGAGCUGGACGGCUCCGCCGAGCUUCCCAGAUCUGGAAUGGCUGCUGGACUCGCGGAACCGAGCGGGGACGAGCGAGCUUGCUGCGCGAGGACAGCGGGGUGUCGCGAGCGGCGGACGGCGGGCAAGCGAGUGCGCGACGGCGGUGAGGCCUCAACGGCGAGCUGGCUUCGUCGGUCUUCAACUUGCAGGGCGUCGAACAGCAAGGGGACGGAGGAGAGAGACGGAGAUGCGCGGGGUAGAGCGAUGGCGUCGUGGCGGCGAGCGAAGACGAGCGCUAGCUAG